AUGACGGAGCACAACAAGGAGAAGCGCUAUGAGUGUGGUGAGUGUAGCAAAGCCUGGCAGAAGCUGAGCCGGCUGGUGACCCACCGGCGGUUGCACACGGGAGAACGCCCCUUCCACAGCUCCGACAGCGGCAAGAGCUUCACCAGCUCCAGCCACCUGCUGCGGCACAACUGCGUGCAUUCCGGCGAGAGGUCAUUCACCUGCUCCGACUGCAGCAAGAGCUUCAAGAUGGCGAAUCACCUGAAGAAGCACCGGCGGGUGCACAGUAGCGAGCGGUCAUCCAAUCACCUGAAGAUGCACAGGCGCUUGCAGGCCAGCGAGUGA